AUAGAAUUACCGCAUGAAGCUAUGCCUGUUGAUAGCUGAAGGUUUCUAGGUCACCUUCUGAUCUGCGUGCACAUCUCCGUUCAGCAUUCAAGAUGGUAUUUCGAAAACCGCCAGAUGGUGGCUGGGGCUGGGUGAUCGUGGUCGUUUCCUUCUUUACUCAGUUCUUGUGUUACGGAUCACCGCUGGCGGUGGGAGUCUUGUAUGUGGAAUGGCUGGAUGCUUUUGGAGAAGGGAAAGGCAAGACUGCUUGGGUUGGAUCGCUAGCAAAUGGAAUUGGAUUGCUUGCCAGUCCUGUCUGCAGUGUAUGUGUAUCAUCUUUCGGAGCACGACCAGUUGCAAUCUUCAGUGGCUUUAUGGUGGCUGGUGGCCUCAUGAUGAGUAGCUUUGCACCUAAUAUAUACUUUCUGUAUCUUUCAUAUGGGAUCGUUGUUGGACUUGGAUGUGGCCUUUUAUAUACCGCAACAGUUACCAUCACGUGCCACUAUUUCGACAAACGCAGAGGCCUUGCACUUGGUCUCAUCUCAACAGGCUCAAGUGUUGGACUCUUUAUAUAUGCAGCAUUGCAAAGAGAACUUAUUGAUCUGUAUGGACUGGAUGGCUGUCUCCUAAUAGUUGGCGCAUUGUCUUUAAAUAUAUUAGCGUGUGGCAGUCUGAUGAGACCAUUGGAGUCAUCUGAUUCCCCUUCACCAGAAAAAACACGUGUAGACAAAGUCCCAGAUCAAUAUUUUGUUUACCAUGAAAAAGAAAAGUCUGUUGAAGAAAAUAUAAGCAUCCUCGAAAAGGGCUACAUUGAUGAGAAAUGUGUGAACAAUGUGCCUGAUUACAAACCAGAUAGCAUUUUAAAUAAGAAUGUAUUAGCCUCAAUAAAUGUAAAUGAGAAAGACACUUAUAAAAAGAAAGUUGUUGAACAGACAAACUUCUGCAAGCAACUUGCCAAGAGGAAGUGGCAGCUCUAUCUGAACUACUGGGAGGAAACUGUGGUUCUUUUUAAGAACAAAGUAUUUUCAGCUCUCUUUGUUGCCAUCUUGCUCUUUGACAUUGGUGGAUUUCCUCCUUCACUGCUCAUGGAAGAUGUAGCAAGAAGUGCAAACAUCAGUGAAGAUGACUAUCAUGUGCCCCUUAUUUCCAUAAUAGGCAUUAUGACAGCUGUUGGCAAACUUACUUUAGGAAUACUAGCAGAUUUUAAAUGGAUAAAUACUUUAUAUCUAUAUGUAUCAACCUUAAUAAUGACCGGAAUGGCCUUGUUUGCGAUUCCAUUUGCCAAAAGUUACCUUACGUUAGCGAUGCUUUCUGGGUUUUUGGGUUUUUUGACUGGAAACUGGUCAAUUUUUCCAUACGUGACAACAAAGACUGUAGGAAUUGAGAAACUGACACAUGCAUAUGGGAUAUUGAUGUUCUUUGCUGGACUUGGAAAUAGCCUCGGACCACCAAUUGUAGGUUGGUUUUAUGACUGGACGCAGGAGUAUGACACUGCCUUCUAUUUCAGUGGCUUUUGUGUAUUACUUGGUGGAUUUCUUUUGCUGUUGGCAGCGUUACCCUGCUGGAAUGCCUGUGCCAAUCAGAGCUCCAAGCUGCCUCCAAAUACUUACUCCUACAAAGUUGCAUCUAGCGCCUAGAUGACAACUGGAAAACACUUCAUUUUUUUUAUAUUAUGUAACAAAAUAUUUUAGUAAUUUUCCACUUAUUUAUGAAGUCCAAAAAUCCUGUUCCACUAGCAAAAUUCCAUUGUUGCUUGAUGUUCCACUCUUUUUUAAUGAACAGUCUUAUUUUUUCUGUUAUGCACUGUGUUCUCAGCCUUUGUCUACUGUAAUUUCCUUUCACCCUGUUAUGGGUAUAUUCUGCUGUAUUAUCAGCUGUAUUUUUUUUAAGGUCGGGGGGACAACAGAGACUUUGAAACAAAAAUAAAGGCCUAAUCCUUGUAGGGGAAGGAAGGCAUUACUGUCACCUCUUAUAGGUCUCUAAGUUGCACAAUCAGACUUUACAAAACAAAAAUUUGCCUUAUUAUAAUGUAAUACUGUGGUGAGGUGCUUGUAAUAUCAUGCUUAGCUUAACAACUUGUUUUUUUUUAAAGUUUCUACAAUUUAAAAUGAAGUGCCAAUGCAGGGGAGAAGAAGAGGGGGAACAAAACCAACCUUGUGUUACAUAAUUGAACUUGAUGAUGAAAGUAAAAAUUCUUAAUACCACUGAAACCAAGAGCUAUGUUUAUAAGUAUUGCACAUUUUGUGAA